UUAACUCCAUUUGACACUUUGAUUCAUUGGCAGCCUAAAUUUCGAAAUUUUUUUCGUUCAAAUUGAUUGCUGAGGGGAUACUUGGGGGGCCUACCGAGCUUGCACAUCCGAAUUUUUUUCCAGGUCCUGCAAGUUCCAAUUUUUUUUCUUGAUUAGUGGCUCCAUAUCAGGGCGACCCAUCUUGAUUGCCCAUCCCCUUUCUCUCCACCCCAACCCUUCGUCCCAUCUUCGUCCUCCUUACCUGCCCAUUCACCUGCAGUUGCAGGCCAGGUAAGUCCUCAUUUCAGCAGGCCACGUCAGGGACCCGCCACGCAUGACCAUACUUACUCUCUCGCAGACAGCAGCGAUGGAUCAGAAGGCAGGCGAGACUGACGAGGCCUACGAGGAACGAUUGGCGGCCCUCAUAGUCGAAGGCAAGCAACGGGCAGACGCAGCAGCAGCAGCACAGAAGAAGAAAGAAGCAGAGGCAGAGAAACAGCGUCUUCUGGCGGAAGAACAGCGACAGAAGCAUGCGGCAGCAGCAGCCAAGGCAGCUGAUGAAGAACGCGUACGGCAACGCGAGAUCAUAUUCAGGGAGGAAAGUGCAUUACACGCACAGGCCAAGGAUUGGAAGAAGGAGGCCGAGAACGGCGAUCCCGUUGACGUCAGGUGCAGAGUAUCUCAGUUGCUCAACCGUGUCACGGACCUCCUCGCGACUUGCAUCGCACAACAGGAGGAUAUCUACUCUCUCGACCACACCAACAAGGUGUUACAGCAGUCGCUGGACCAGACGCUCAAGCGCGUUCAACAACUGGAGCAGCGGGUCGCUAACGCCAAUGUCAGCGCCGGCCCCUCCGACCUCGCCGACCGCGUCAACGUCUUGGAGAUAGACGUGGGGACACUCAAGGCCGGGGUGCAACAGCACGUCUGCGCCGCAGCCAGCUCCAGCACGGCGCCACGCAAGACCAUUGUCACGUUUGACGGGCUCCUGAUCUUCUGUGAUGCAUCGAAGACGGACCCCAUACAAUGGUGGCGCCAGUUCGAACUCAAGCUGGACCUCCACCACGUCGCCAAUGAGAAUCGGCAUGCAUAUUUGUACUCCCGCUCGGGAGGCGCAUGCCAGGCAUGGUUGGACAACAUGCUGUCCGCCCAUGCAUGUACAGUCACCGAGUUGCACAAGUACAUCACCUGGGCGGAUCUCACAGAGGCAUGGAAGAAGCGCUUCCAAGUAGAACCGCCCGAGCACAAGGCGAUGGACAAGCUGCUGACAUUUUUGCAGAACAGCAUGCCAAGCGGAGACUGGAUUUCUGAGUUCCAACGCCUCGCAAGCACGCCCAAGCUGCCGCUGAACUUCGACGGCAUCAAGCUCUAUUUCAUCAAGAGGUUGUGCCCGGCGUUGCAGAAUGCGUUGACUCAUGUCGCCGACACCCUCACUACAAGUGAGGAACUCUUCAACAAGGCCGCGCAGAUCAUUGUGACGAACUUGGCAGCCCGGAAUACGAGCCCUUCGUCAAAUGUCGGUCAGGGCACGCACCAGCAUCGGCCUAAAGUGGUCGUGGUCGCAGCGGCAACGACUAGCGACCCUUCUACUUCAAGCGAGGUUGUUUCGUCUGACGAGGGAGACAGACUCGCAGCUGCCCAUAAUGGUGGCCGCCCCGCCAAAGGACGAGGACACCGCGAACUGCCCCACGAAAGCCAAGGGCCCCGCUCAGUCGGGAAAGUGAGCACCGCCGAGAGUGUUGCGACUGCACUCUCGACGCCUUCGAAACCGGUUGCCGAUCGGGUAACCUCCCUCGGUUCCGGGGCAUAUGCGGACGUCAUAAGUCCUCCAAUUCUUCAUUCUUUCGAGGACUAUGCUGCCCGGCUCGUACCUUCGCUGGAUUCACGAGCCCAAGGACAGGAUGUAUGUGCGGUCUCUUCUCCGAUCGGAAGCACCAACAUUGAUUCGUCUUCAAGUGGACCUUCACGGGAUUCGACGCGCGCGUUCAACAUUGAGGACUUGGACCCGUUGACGCCCGAGGAUUUUGCAUGGCUUCCUCUCCCUUCCACCGACUGCUUACCGGAGCCGCAAUGCGCAGCUCUUCACGCCCAUUUACAUAUAUACCUAGCCUUCUAUGCACCACCAACUUCGCCUACGGAGGACGAGUUCGCGGUGGGGGACAUUCUUGCAUAUGUAAGCAAGGUGGCCCGCGAGUUUCGCACGCAAUGGUAUGACGACAACAACGCACCGCUCCUUUAUGUCCGCAUCCAAAUCAAGCAAGCGUCCUGCAGCGCUUUGCUGGAUAGCGGCGCGACUCGCAACUUCAUUAGCCAGUCCUUCAUGCAAAGGGCCGGCCUUGGACCACAAGUUCGAAGGAAGGCACACCCUACGUCGAUCAAGUUGGCGGACGGUAGAAUGCAACAACUCCUUGAUCGCUACAUCGAAGCCGUCCCGGUUUAUUUCGCACCUCAUGCAUGCGAACCGGUGACGUUUGACGUCUUGGACACAGACUUCGACAUCAUUUUGGGCAUGCCUUGGCUUGCAAGUGCGGAUCACACGGUCAACUUCCACCGGCGGACACUUACGGUUCACGACGCGUUCGGCGCCGAAGUACCAUGUACGAUUCCUCCUCCGCACCCUUCGAUCCGGUGCCAAGUUGUAACCGCCAAGUCUUUUCGGGCCACUUGUGCUUACGAGCGGACCGAGGAGAUCGACUUAUGUUUUCUUCAAACCGUCGCAGUAGCCGACUCUCAACCUACAGACUUGUCUUCAGACCCCCGGGUGGUGCGGUUGCUCGACGAAUUUGCCGACGUCUUCGAGUCACCUACCGGCGUGGUGCCGGAUCGGCCAAUCUCUCACGAGAUCAUUCUCGAGGCCGGUGCCGUGCCGCCAAAAGGUUGCAUUUACCGCAUGAGCGAGGAGGAACUUACAGUACUCCGCGCGCAGCUCGACGACUUGUUGGACAAAGGUUGGAUCCGGCCUAGUAGCUCACCCUAUGGUGCGCCAGUUCUCUUCGUUCGGAAGAAGAACAAGGACCUUCGCCUAUGCAUCGAUUGCCGCAAGCUCAAUGCGCAAACAGUCAAGAACGCGGGACCUCUUCCUCGUAUUGACGACCUUCUGGAGCGCUUGGGCGGCGCAAAAUUCUUUUCUAAGCUGGAUUUGAAGUCAGGAUAUCAUCAGAUCUUGAUUCGGCCGCAAGAUCGCUACAAGACCGCGUUCAAGACACGGUACGGGCACUUCAAUCCGGCGCGCCAAGUUCAAAGCCAACCGCGACAAGUGCGAGUUCGUGCGUCAAGAGUUGGCCACUUCGUCACUCCACAGGGCAUCAGUCCGUUGUCGGACAAGAUUCAAGUCGUCCAAGAUUGGCGGGAGCCACGGAACGUCACGGAUGUCCGCUCAUUCCUUGGCCUCGCCGGCUACUACCAACGCUUCAUCAAAGGCUACUCGAAGAUCGCGGCUCACUUAACCAAGCUUCAAUGCGAGGACCGACCGUUUGACUUCGGGACGGACGCGCGAGAAUCAUUCUUGGCCCUCAAGGCCGCAUUGCUUUUCACGGAGGUAUUGCGGAUAUACGACCCGCUAUUGCCAACGCGCGUCACCACGGACGCAUCCGGGUAUGGCAUUGGUGCCGUCCUCGAGCAACAUGACGGCGUGGAUUGGCACCCGGUCGAAUAUUUCAGCAAGAAAGUGUCCGUCGUGCACUCCAUCGACAAUGCACGCAAGAAGAAACUUCUCGCCUUCAUCCACGCACUCAAGUGAUGGCGGCACUUCCUCCUCGGUCGACGCCAGUUCCGAUGGGUAACGGACAACAAUCCGUUGGUGUUCUACAAAUCGCAAGA